GCGCGAGUCGCUGUUGCUGAGGCGUUUCCCCGGGGCGUUCGCGCUCCUCCUCCUUCUCCGCACCCCAGUCAGGCCGAUCUGCUCUGCUGUCGGUGACCUUGCAACUUGAUGGAUGACAACAAAACUUUUCAACCAAAAAACGUUCCAAAAAUGACAGAACUCUUUAUGGAAUGUGAAGAAGAAGAGCUGGAGCCAUGGCAGAAGAAAGUAGAAAAAACUGAGGAUGAGGAUGAUGAUGAACUGAUCUUUGUUGGAGAGAUACUAAGAUCAAAACCAGCCAUUUCAAAUAUUUUGAACAGAGGCCAUUCCAGCUCAUCUUCCAAAAGAAUAAAGGGUGAGCCAGGCAGUCCAGGUAUUCCUGAAAUAUUCAGGACUGCAAGUCAACGCUACAGAGACCCAUCAUCAAAUGCAGUGGCAGCCUUGCCUAGAUUUCAUCCUGAAUCUGAAUCUCCACAAAGCUCUGUUACUGUUGAGAAUGAGUCUAAACCUGAUUUUACAAAGAAUUCACCAGAUGAAUCGGAUAAUGCUUCAGUCUUACUGUUUGACUCGACCCAGGAAUCAGUUCCACCAUCCCAAGACAUACCAGCAAUUUUUAGAGAAGGUAUGAAAAAUUCUUCAUAUGUAUUAAAACGUCCUUCUACUUCUAAAGUAAACACUGUUACUCCAAAAAAACCAAAGACCGGUGAAGAUGUUUCUGAAAUAAAUCCCUCCACUUCAUUGCCUUUAACUGACUCUCCUCCAGUGACAUCCUCCCACAUUAGGCUAGCAAAAGGCACAAAUACCUCAUCUCCAUAUGAUGCUGAAGCACGUUACCUAACAGCUUGUCCAAAGUGCAAUGUUCAGUUCAAUCUUUUGGAUCCCUUGAAAUACCACAUGAAGCAUUGUUGUCCAAACAUGAUAACUAAAUUUUUGGGAGGAGUCAUUAAAUCAGAACGUCUAUGUGCUGAAGACAAAAAAGAGAUUGAUCCAGAGACAGGAAAGUUGUUCAUGUUAGUCAAUGAGUUUUAUUAUGGAAGGCAUGAAGGAGUCGCUGAGAAAGAGCCAAAGACUUACACAACCUUUAAAUGCUUCAGUUGCUCGAAAGUUCUUAAAAAUAAUAUUAGGUUUAUGAACCACAUGAAACAUCACAUGGAACUUGAGAAGCAGAACAGUGAAAGCUGGGAAAACCACACCACCUGCCAGCACUGUUACCGGCAGUAUCCCACACCCUUCCAACUGCAGUGCCACAUCGAGAGUACACACACUCCCCAUGAGUUUUCGACUAUUUGCAAAAUCUGUGAAUUAUCAUUUGAAACAGAGCAUAUUCUUUUACAACAUAUGAAGGACACUCAUAAACCUGGUGAAAUGCCAUACGUUUGCCAGGUUUGCCAGUUUAGAUCAUCAACAUUUUCUGAUGUAGAAGCUCAUUUUAGAGCAGCCCAUGAAAACACUAAGAACUUGCUAUGUCCAUUUUGCCUCAAAGUUUGUAAAAUGGCAACCCCCUACAUGAAUCAUUAUAUGAAGCAUCAGAAAAAAGGAGUUCACCGUUGCCCAAAAUGCAGACUACAGUUUUUGACCAGCAAGGAGAAAGCUGAACAUAAGGCACAGCAUCGUACAUUUAUAAAGCCUAAGGAACUAGAAGGAUUGCCUCCUGGAACAAAAGUUACUAUUCGAGCUUCACUUGGACCUCACCACUCAAAAUUACCAACUACACCUUCUGGUUAUACUCCAGGCACUUCUUUUCUGCAGGUCACACCUCCGACAUCUCAAAACUCAACUGCUGAAAAUCCUAGAAAAUCUAAUGCUAGCAAAUCUAAGACAAGUAGGCCUCAUGCAACUACAUCCACUGCAAGUAAAGCUAAUACAAGUAAGCCAAGGGGACGUAUAGCUAAAUGCAGAGCAAAACCCUCUUACAAGCAAAAGCGACAGCGCCACAGAAAAAAUAAAAUGACCUUAGCUUUGAAGAACUUAAGGUGUCGUUGGGGAAUUCACAAGUGCAUUGAGUGUCAUUCCAAAAUAAAAGAUUUUGCAAGCCACUUUUGUAUACACAUCCACUGCAGUUUUUGCAAGUAUACUACUAACUGUAACAAAGCCUUUGCAAAUCAUAUGAUGAGCUCUCAUAGCAACCAUCCAAGUAGACAGUUUUGUAUUUUCAAGAAGCAUUUAGGAAUUCUCAGUGGCAUUACUCUAGUGUGCCUUAAAUGUGAUUUCCUAGCUGAUUGUUCUGGCUUCGAUCGUAUGGCUAAACACUUAAGUCAACGUAAAACUCAUACUUGCCAAGUUAUAAUAGAGAAUGUUUCCCAAAGUACCUCAACUUCUGAACCUACUUCUGACUGCCCAUUGAAAUAGAUUCCUGCUCUUUGGAGUUCGUGCAGCCUGGUGCAAGACAAGUUGGAAUUUCCUAAGUUCAAAGUUCUGAAGUGUUUUCUCAUACAACAGCAGUUAAACAGCCAAGUUCAUAACACUAGCUCUCAUUAUUCAGAUCUUUUCAGCUUUCAGAUGGCACUAGACUCUUUUUCCACCUUAUCUUUGUGUCAGGUUAACAGAUCUUAACAUGUUUUCUUCUCCAGUUGGCUCUCUCCAAAAAUACCUUUCGUUUUUCUCUGCUGUACUUGCCUUGCCUUCAGAAUAUUACAUUCCAGAUAAUACAACUGUUCAUCUUUUUCUGUCUGUUUUUUCUGCUUUCUUAAUUUCUUUUAAGUCUUACAUGUUUAGGUCAGAUAGCCAAUUUCCCUUCAUUCCUUGUUCAUUACUUUUCUAUUUUUCAUAUUUUCAAAUGAAGAAGCAACACAUAAGUUUCAAAAAACUGUCCAGGGGGCUCCUGGACAGUGUCCCCUUUUGAUGGACACAACUGAUACCUGUUCUCGCUUUCCAAGAAAUGUGAAUUACUUGACUGUGAGACCUCCUCUAGUUUGUGGCCUUAAGAAAUCAGGUCUUGGGGAGAGUCCCUUCCUACCUGACUGACCUCCCCUAAUGCUGAUGCUGAUUUGGCCAGAGAUGACCUCAAGACCCACCAAAUAGAGCUCAACUUCCCACUGAGGGCGUUGGCUUUUGAUUUUAAGCUUAUGGGUCAGUUCUAACCAAGAAAAGUCUAUGAGAUCACUGCUUCAACAUGCAGGUUGAAGUUUAACCAGUUUGGCUGCUGUUCUCUAAUGUUCCUCUAGCAGGCAUGCAGUACAAGGAAUAUAAAAAUUCUGGUUGUAUUGGGAACCAAGGUUACUUUCUUGGUAAAACAAAAUUUCUACAAUUACAGUUCCCAAAGUCAGUUAUUCAUGUUUUCAUUUAAAGUUUUAUCCAGUAUUAAUGAAUUUUCAGCAAUACUGAUGUUCACAUUUUUAAAAAACAUUUUUUAAAUUUCGUUUUAUUUUGGUAGCUUGGUUUUUUCUUGUUCUUAGAUAAGUGCUUCAACAUCCAGGUUGAUGGUUUACCAUUUGAGCUGCUGCUCUUUAAUCUUUCUCUAGCAGGCAUGCAGUCCAAGGAAUUUAUAAAAAUUCUGAUUGUAUUGGGAACCCAGGUUACUUCCUUGUUCUUGGAAAAACAAAAUUACAGUUAGAGUUCCCAAAGUCAGUUAUUCAUGUU